AUGGCGGCGAUCGAUAAAGUUAAAAUUAUUGUAGUAGGUGACUCAGCUACUGGAGUUGGUAAAACAUCGCUGACACAUUUAAUAUGCCAACAGCAACCUAUCGGCAAUCCUGCUUGGACAAUAGGUUGCUCGGUGGAAGUCAAGUUGCACGAGUACAAAGAAGGUACACCGAAUCAAAGGAGAUACUUUGUCGAGCUAUGGGAUGUCGGUGGCAGUCAAAGUCACAAAAACACAAGAUCUGUAUUUUACAAUCCCACGAACGGCAUAAUAUUAGUCCACGAUUUAACAAAUCGUAAAUCACAGCAGAAUCUACAGAAAUGGCUAGAGGAGGUUUUAAGUAAAGAUGGAACUUCCUCAAGGUCCAAGUUCGAAGACUUUGAUCCUGAGAAGUUUGUGGGCUCGACGCAGAUUCCAAUUUUAGUCAUUGGUACGAAACUUGAUUUGAUCUCGGAAUCCAGUUUUGUAAAAUCCAACAUACACAGACGUUCAGCGACCAUCGCGGAGGAAUGUGGUGCCGAUGAAAUAUUUUUGGAUUGCCAUCAGAUAAGAUCGUUAGCAGCGGGUUCCAGUUCGUCUGUGAAGCUCAGUAGAUUUUUCGAUAAAGUGAUCGAAAGACGUUACUAUUCCUCCAAAGAAGCAAUUAGUCCUGAUAAGCGAAGGCCGCCACUAUAUACUUCUUCGAUCUAUCCAAAGUUUUAUCAUAACGACUGAGUGCCAAGAGUACUGUAUCAAGAGAUCUCAAUUUUAUUUCUUGUUACACAGAAUAAUCGUUCUUGUGACACGACGCGUUAUAGGAUUACGCGGAUUAAGUAUUGCAAGGUUAUCGAUCUCGCAUUUCUUAUCCACAUUCCUAAUCUUCCCAUGGAAGUAUCUCGUCAGAUAUGCUCAAAAGAAAGAGAAA